AUGACUCAAAAUAAUGAAGAACUGCCUUUCAAUCCAUUCAAUCCUAUUAAAACAUAUAGAUUGUAUUCUUCAAGAAGCCAAACAGCUCAUUAACCUAAUAGAUAAAGUUCUGUUUAAUUAGUAUAAUAAUAAAAUGUGGCCAGCAAUCAAUAUACAUAAAUGGGAAUACAUAAUUAUGCCUUAUUUAUUAGAAACUCAGAAAAUAAAGGGUUAAAAUCUGAUAAAAAUUUUAAUGCUUAUAUUAAGAAAUUAGAAGAAAACAGAAAACUGUCUAAAAACUUAAUUUAAUAAACAAAAUAAUAACAAAAAUGUGAAUCAUUGUAAACACAAUAAUUUGAUGAUGAUCCAAAGAAAACAAGUCAUGGUCCUCAAAUUAAAAAUACUGCAAAGGAUUAAAAAAAAGAGAAGUUUUAACAUUAGAUUACUGAAAUGAUUGCAGAAAUAAAGAGUCCAUUUUAUAAAAAGGGAAGAUAUUUACUAAAUGAAGACAAGGAUAAAGAAAAGAAACUAGCUAAACCAUUAUUUUUUGGAAUUCAAAAUUAAACAAAAUAAUAAUAAAGACGUAAACUUGUAUUCUCUUAGGUUGACAUAAAUAAAUGUAUCCAAAUAUAUUAUAUUAAAAUAGUAAGAUAUAAAAUCUUUUUUGAUGAUUACAAUCCAUUAUCAAGAAUUGUUACAAGUUAAUAAAGUGUUUAGAAAGAGGAAACAAUUAAUGAAUCACCAUUAAAAACAGAUUAACAAUUCUUUAUUGAAUAAUGA